CGUCCUAGAUUCAGAUUUCCACGACUCUCACCGUCUGACUGCAUGGGCACCUCGGUUCCAAGACAGGCAAUGACCUGGGAGCGCAGCCCCUGCGCUAGCCGUAUUCCCAAAGUCUCCUUUCUCCCAGGGCCUCAGUCUGACGCCCUCAGCCCUUUGCAGGAAACCGACUUCCAAACCCGGGCAGGGGAUGUGGGCUGAGGGCGAAACCCCGCCCCCAGGGGUCCCUGAUCUUUGCUCCCGCCCCGGCUCUGUGCCUCAGGAGAGGCGCUGGCGGGCGGGCGGCGCUGCUUUUGUGUGUGAGGUUCUGAGGUGCUGGAGACCACCCCCAGCCGGCUGCCGCGUCCCCUCACGGUCCCCGGCCCCUCCUCUCGGCGUCCCCAGCCCCCCCUGUUCAACUCCGCGUGCCAGCUGGGGGAUCGCUGGUUCGCUCCCCCGCGCGCCAGGAGGAGGGGCGAGGGCCGGCAGCCCCCUCCUUCGCGUGUGGCGCGGGAGCCUAGCCCAGCCCGGGGGACCCGCUGCCGCCGGUCAUGUGGGCCGGACUAUUCCUCCGGGCCGCCUGCGUCGCGCUCUUGCUGCCCCGGGCCCCGGCCCGAGGCUACACCGGGAGGAAGCCGCCCGCUCAUUUCGCGGCGGAGAGACGCCGGCUGGGCCCCCACGUCUGCCUCUCUGGGUUUGGGAGUGGCUGCUGCCCUGGCUGGGUGCCCUCCAUGGGUAGUGGGCACUGUACCUUGCCACUCUGCUCCUUUGGCUGUGGGAGUGGCAUCUGCAUCGCUCCCAAUGUCUGCUCCUGCCAGGAUGGAGAGCAAGGGGCCACCUGUCCAGAGGCCCACGGACCGUGUGGGGAGUAUGGCUGUGACCUUACCUGUAACCAUGGCGGCUGUCAAGAGGUGGCCCGGGUGUGCCCUGUGGGCUUCUCGAUGACAGAGACAGCUGUUGGCAUCAGGUGUACAGACAUUGAUGAAUGUUUAAGCUCCUCUUGCGAGGGCCACUGCAUGAACACGGAAGGCGGGUUUGUGUGUGAGUGUGGGCCAGGCAUGCAGCUGUCUGCCGACCGCCACAGCUGCCAAGACACUGAUGAAUGCUUAGGAACCCCCUGUCAGCAGAGAUGUAAAAAUAGCAUCGGCAGCUACAAGUGUUCCUGUCGAACUGGCUUCCACCUCCAUGGCAACCGGCACUCCUGUGUAGAUGUAAACGAGUGUCGGAGACCACUGGAGAGGCGAGUCUGUCACCAUUCCUGCCAUAACACCGUGGGCAGCUUCCUGUGCACAUGUAGACCUGGCUUCAGGCUCAGAGCUGACCGCGUCUCCUGUGAAGCUUUCCCAAAGGCUGUGCUGGCCCCAUCUGCCAUCUUGCAACCCCGGCAACACCCUCCCAAGAUGCUCCUCCUGCUUCCGGAGGCAGGCCGGCCUGCCCUGUCCCCAGGACACAGCCCUCCUUCUGGGGCUCCAGGGCCUCCAAUAGAAGUCAAGACCACCCACCUGCCAUCUCCCACCCCACCACUACACACAUCCUCCCAUUCUGUCCCUACGAGGGUGCUCUCCACUCCGAUGGCUACCCUAGUGCCUACUGCCUCCCUGCUGAGAACUCUCAGGCCUCCCUCACUACUCCAGGGGGAGGGGUUGGGGACCCCUUCCUCACCCAGGGGUCCUGAGGUCCCACGACUAGCAACAAGGCCUUCUCCCUGUUGGCACCUGGGAGCCAUAUAUGAAUCAGGGAGCCGCUGGACAGAGCCUGGGUGCUCCCAGUGCUGGUGUGAGGACGGAGAGGUGACCUGUGAAAAGGUGAGGUGUGAAGCUGCUUGUUCCCACCCGAUUCCCUCCAAAGAUGGGGGGUGCUGCCCCUCAUGUACAGGCUGUUUUCACAGUGGCAUAGUCCGAGCUGAGGGGGACGUGUUUUCACCUCCCAAUGAGAACUGCACCGUCUGUGUCUGCCUGGCUGGGAACGUUUCCUGUAUUUCCCCUGAAUGUCCCUCUGGCCUCUGUCAGGCCCCUCCCCAGUCUGAUUGCUGUACUUGUGUCCCAGUGAGAUGCUAUUUCCAUGGCCGGUGGUACUCGGAUGGGGCUGUGUUCAGUGUGGGUGGUGACGAGUGUACCACCUGUGUCUGCCAGAAUGGGGAGGUACAGUGUUCCUUCAUGCCAUGUCCUGAGUUGGACUGUCCCCGAGAGGAGUGGUGGCUGGGCCCUGGACAGUGCUGCUUCACCUGCCGGGAGCCCACGCCCACAACAGGCUGCUCUCUCGAUGACAAUGGGGUUGAGUUUCCGAUUGGACAGAUCUGGUCGCCUGGUGACCCCUGUGAGUUAUGCAUCUGCCAGGCAGAUGGCUCAGUGAGCUGCAAGAGGACAGACUGUGUGGACUCCUGCCCUCACCCGAUUCGGAUCCCUGGACAGUGCUGCCCUGACUGUUCAGCAGCAACCCCCAGGGUCAAUCCCAUCUUGCAGAUGAAGAAACUGAGGCUCAGAGAGGCAAAGCAGUUUGCCCAAGGCAGGUCCUGUCUGGUGCUGGAGGCAGGCUGCACCUACACAGGCAGGAUCUUCUACAACAACGAGACCUUCCCGUCUGUGCUGGACCCGUGUCUGAGCUGCAUCUGCCUGCUGGGCUCAGUGGCCUGUUCACCUGUGGACUGCCCCAUCACCUGUACCUAUCCUUUCCACCCUGACGGGGAGUGCUGCCCUGUGUGCCGAGACUGCAACUACGAGGGGAGGAAGGUAGUGAAUGGCCAGGUGUUCACCUUGGAUGAUGAGCCCUGUACCCGGUGCACGUGCCAGCUGGGAGAGGUGAGCUGUGAGAAUGUCUCCUGCCAGCAGGCUUGUGCCGACCCCUCCCGGCUCCCUGGGGACUGCUGCUCCACCUGCCCAGGCCUGUGCUGCUGCCGUUCAGCAGACUUUUGGGGUUCCUGAUACGCAUUGUGGUCUCCCUAUGGUACAGACUUUCUUCAGAAUCCGCAUCUUCUGUCUGUCCUUUAUCCCUUUUCUCACAAUCUGCAUCCCCUAACUAAUCCUCUUCAAUUAAAACAUUUCAUAAAAAUCCAAUUUAUGUGGGUACCUCAAGAGGGUGCCCUCCUCUGUCUCUGCUUCCUCGACCUUGUCCCCCUACGUUUCCAGCCACCCCCAGGUUCAGUGGUUUUAGAUUCCAUGUAUAAAACAGACCACGCAAUACUUUGUCUUUCUGUGCCUGGUUUAUUUCACUUUGUAUAAUAUUCUUUAAUUCCAUCCAUGUUGUCACAAAGGACAGGAUUUCCUUCUUUUUAAAGGCUGAAUAGUAUUCCAUUGUAUCUGUAUGUAACCUAUAUUCUUUUUUUUUUUUUUUUGCUGUUUUUGGCCAAGGUUGGGCUUGAACCCGCCACCUCCGGCAUAUGGGGCCGGCACCCUAUUCCUUUGAGCCACAGGUGCCACCCUAACCUAUAUUCUUUAUCCACCCAUCUGCUGAUGGACACACAGGCUGAUACCAUGGCUUGGCUAUUGUGAAUAGUGCUGCAGUGAGCGUGGGAGUGCUGAUAUCUCAACACACUGAUUUUUAAAUCUUUUGGGUAAUAUCCAGAAUUGGGAUUGCUGGAUCUAUUUUAUGUUUUCUAAACUUCUAGGAAGACAGGGAGUUUUUUUUUUUUGUCAGUUAUUUGUGGCCUAGAUUUCCUCUUGUAUAAAAUAUCUGUUUAACUCCUAUGCCUUUUUUUUUUUUUUUUAAAGAGGCAGGGUCUCACUCUGUUACCUAGCCUGGAGUGCAGGGGCAUCAUCAUAGUUCACUUCAGUCUAGAACUCCUCGGCUCAAGCAGUCCUCCCACGUCAGCCUCCUGAGUAGCUGGGACUAUCAGUGUGCCAAUACCAUGCUUGGCUAAUUUUUAUAUUUUUUUAGAGAUGGGAUGUCACUAUGUUGUCCAAGCUAGUCUUAAACUACUGGCUUCAGGCAAUCCUCCCGCAUCAGCCUUCCAGAGUUUGGAUAUUACAGGUGUGAGCCACUGUGCCUGGCCUUCUUUGCCUUUUUGAAGACUAUCUCCUGUUUGUAGGGCAGUUCUUCAGAUUGGUGUGUGAUGAGCUACUUACUCUUACUGGUAGGACUGGGAGCAUCCAGCCAUCCACUGAGCCUAUGAAUUCACUAUGUUGGCAACACUGAGUACUUUAAAGAUUUUUACUUUGUUUUAAACACCGUAAAUGCCUCUGGAAACUGAUCUUCCCCUGGCUUUCUAGAGACUAAUUGCUGGCUAAUGUACCAGGCAGUGUACUGAGCCUUCUCCCUGUAUUACUUCAUUUAAGUGCUCAUGAGAAUAUCUGGGCAUUGUGGCUUGGCACCCAUAUUUCAGUGGUUAGGGUGCCAACCACAUACACUGGCGGGUUUGUUCCCGGCCUGAGCCUGCUAAAAAACAACAAUGACAACUACAACAAAAAAAUAGCUGGGCGUUGUGGUGGGUGCCCAUAGUCCCAGCUAUUUGGGAGGCUGAGGCAAGAGAAUCGCUUGAGCCCAGGAGUCUGAGGUUGCUAUGUGUUGUGACACCACAGCACUCUACCGAGGGUGACAUAAUGAGACUCUGUCUCAAAAAAAUAAAUAAAUAAAUAAAAAAGAAUAUCUGAAUAUUGCUACUGUAUUAUCUCCAUUUUGCAGAUAGGGAAAUGGAGGCUCAGAGAAGAUUAAGUUUCUAGUUGGCGGUGUUGGACUCGAGCCUAAUUCUCUCUCAUUCCUUAUCCUGUGCUCUUUCCCACUGCACGCCUGCCUCUAGAUGGGGAAACUGAGGCCCAAAGAGGUGAGCUACAGAGCCCAGCUCCUUCUGGAGCACCCUGCCUGGGCUACGUUUGCCACAUACUUUUUGCUUUAAGGAAAAACAACUUGUUAUUGAAAUAGAAUAUGAAUUGUUCUCUUUUGGUGUUUUUUUUUAAAAAGUAGAACAGUUUCCUUGAUGCAAUUCAUACACUGUGCAAUUCACACAUGGCAAGUCUGUGUUUCAGUGGUUUUUAGCAUAUUCAUCGGUAUACAACCAUCCUCUUGAUGAUUUUUUAAGGUAUUCUAAGUUUUUUUUGUUUGUUUGUUUUUGUUUUUGAGACAGCGUCCCAUUAUGUCACCCUCGGUAGAGUGCCGUGGCGUCACAGCUCACAGCAACCUCAAACUCUUGGGCUUAAGUGAUUCUCUUGCCUCAGCCUCCCAAGUAGCUGGCACUACAGGUGCCCACCACAACACCCGGCUGUAUUUUUUGCAGUUGUCAUUGUUGUUUUAGCUGGCCCUGGCUGGGCUCAAAACCGCCAACUUCGGUGUAUGUGGCUGGUGCCAUAACCACUGUGCUAUGGGAGCCCAGCCUAUUCCAGUUUUCUUUUUAUGUGCUUGACAACAUCUAUCUCUUCCUUGAUCACACCUUCAAUGUUCUUUUUCCUUUUGCUUCUUUAUUCCUCCUCUUCUUCUUGCUGGGCUUCCUCUUUCCCUUACAAAUGGUUCCCAACUUACUGAGGCUUGGACCCAAAUGAAUUUUCGGCUUUAUGAUGAUGUGAAGCUGUCUGUACUUUGAAUCUUUGAAUUUUGAUCUUUUUCCCGGGCUAAUGAUACGUGUACAUGAGCUACUCAACACUUUAUUAUAACGUAGGGUUUGUGUCUGAUGAUUGGCCUGACUGCAUGUGGACCCGAGUGUUCUGAGCACAUUGAAGGUGGGCGGGCUAAGCCGUGAUGUUUGGUAGGUUAGGUGUGGUAAGUGCAUUUUUGAUUUAUGACAGAUUUGUUGGGACAUAGUCUUGUUGGAAGUCAAGGGGCAUGUGUAUUUUUUUUCCCACAUUAUGAUAUGCCAGGCUCUACAGUGACGCUUUAAACAAAUUUUCUUUCUUUUUUGGGGGGGGACAGAGUCUCAUUUUGUCACCCUUGGUAGAGUGCCAUGGCGUCACAGCUCACAGCAACCUCCAGCUCUUAGGCUUAGGUGAUUCUCUUGUCUCAGCCUCCCGGGUAGCUGGGACUACAGGUGCCUGCCACAACGCCCGGCUAUUUUUUGGUUGCAGUUUGGCUGGGGCCGGGUGGGCCGGCGCCCUACUCACUGAGCCACAGGCUCUGCCCUAAACAAAUUUUCUUUAAAUAGACUUUUUUUUAGAAUAGUUUUAGUUUCAUAGUAAAAUCGAGUGGAAAGUGCAGAGAGUUCUCAUCUGUCCCUGACUCCACACAGGGACUCCUCCUCCCCAUUAUCAAUACCCCACCCCAGCGUGGCAUAUUUGUUAUAAUUUGGAAGCCUAUAGUGACGUGUCAUUAACGGCCAAAGUCUGGAACUCCUGGGCUCAGCUCCUAGUUUACAUUGGAGUUUAGACUGAGAUUCUCCAUGUACCCUUUCAUUCAGACUCAGCCCUCCCCCCUUUUUUUUCUACACACGGGACUCUGAGAAUCCGUCCUUAUUCUUACGCCCAUUUUACGGAGGAGGAAACAGAGGCCCAGGGGAGUUACGUGCCUUGUACAAGGUCACAGAGUGAACUGCCUCCCUUUGUUCAUGGUUCCUUUUCAGUCUUCUCCCCUGACAGCGGAAGCUGGCUGGUCCUGACCAGGUGUGCUGAGGCCCCUCUGAGGACAGGGUUUAGGUGUCUGUCCCCAGCCCUGCUUGUCCCACCUCAGCCACUGGAGAGAACCAUGGUGUAUCCUAUUUCCCUCUCCUCUCUAGAUUCUCCAUUUCCUCUGGAAGAAGGGCAAGGGCUGUCCCCUUCUGGAGAUGUGGAAUUCAGCAAAGUUGCUCGGAGCCCCCGUGGAGAUGCUAAGGCCCCUGUCAACUGUAGCUCCUGCCCCAGGCCUCUGUCAGCAUCACCC